AUGUCAUCUAGCGAUAUAGAAAACCAGCAAUCGUCAUCCCCUGCUCCCACGUUACACGACGAGCCUACCAUGGACGACAACGAGAGACAUGGCAUCACUUCUCCAGUAUGGCGGGGUAAGAGAGGCUUGGUUAUCAAGAUCCUUACCGGUAUCAUGGUCGCUAUUCUCGUUGUGUUCCUGGCCGACCUUUCGUACCUUUUCGGUUCAACCUUUCGAACGAACGAUCGAAUCUCUGCUCUCAAGAUCCUUGUUGUCGAUUACGAUGGUGGCCCUGUCGGAGAGUCCGUCACCAACGCCUACAAGAUGCUCCAGGGCAAGUCUUUCCCAACGGUCGAGUUCCAUUCCUCCAACGAAUAUCCCGAAACUUCAGAUGUGAGAAAGGGUGUUUGCAAGGCCGAUUAUUGGGGUGCCCUUUACAUCAACAAGGGUGCUUCCGACCGUCUGGCCGCUGCCUACGAGGGUGGCUCUGCUGCUCAAGACUACAACCCUGCAGACAGUCUCACAUACAUCUACAACGCUGCCAGAUACCCCACUGUCGCGUCUGGUUUCUUGAUCCCCAACUUCCAAGCCCUUGUCGGUGCAGCUCGUGGAGGUUACUACCAAACCCAACAAGGCCGCUCUGCUCUUCGCAACGUCAACUCCAGCGACCCAGCUGCUGUGGAGGCCUAUCUCAACCCCAUCACCAGCACCCCCGAUGUCAUCCAACCCACCAACCAAGGCUCUCGAAACCUGUACAACACCAUCAACAUCGUCAUGGCAAUCCUCGGACAGUUCUUCUACGUCCUUGCCAUGAAUGGUAUCUACGAAAAGUUUGGUCUCCACAAGAACAUGCGAGUCCGCGACGUCUGGGCUAUGCGCUUCAUCAACGGCAAGAUCUUCUCCAUGCUAUAUGCAGUUGUCGUCACUGGCUAUAUCUGGGCUUUCCGCGAAGACUGGGGUGUCAGCGGUACGGAGUGGGCUCUGACCUGGUUGACAUUCUGGCUCUUCAUGGACGUGAACUUCCAGGUUCUCGAGACUGUCAUUGGCAGUUUCGUACCGAUGCCCCUCACUCCUUUCUUCCUCUUGACAUGGUUCAUGGUUAACGUCGCAUCUGUCGUAUUCCCCUUUGAGCUCACUGCUGGGUUCUAUCGCAUUGGAUACAUCUUCCCUGCCCACUCUCUAUGGAUCGUUCUCAUGCAGGUUUGGUCGGGAUGCGGAAACUCUCUGCACAUUGGCCUACCUAUUCUCUUCGCCUGGUGGGUUGUCGGACAUGUCACAGCCUACUUCGGUGUCAAGAAGAGGUGCAUGGACCAAUCCAAGGCCCAGGCAUCUGGCGAAGGAAAGCAAGAGUAA